AGUCCCGGAUUGGCUGUUGCUGGGUAAUGUUUCGAAUUCUAUACGAGCCGUGGCAUCGCGUACGUUCGGUCGAGCAUUAGCACACACAUCCUGCUGUUGCGGUUAUAGCACCACUCAAAACUGCUUCCUUAACCAACUCUAACCUAAUAAAUACUUCAAAGAAAGUACUAAAAAAACUGCUCGUAGCUUAAAGAAAAUGUGCAAAAGUAGUGUUUAAUUUAUAAGUGUUGAUUUGUGGCCGUAAUGGCACUUUAAUGUAAUUUCUUCGUCGCCACCGCGCUUCAUUUUUGCGCUUUCUGCUUUCCGAACCGCAAUACUACAAAACAACAACAACAACUUAAAUAAAAUAAAAAUUGAAAUAAAGAAAUAAUACGAAGAAAAGUGCUAAAGCAAAAACAAAAGUGCAGGAAACAAAAGAAAAACUCAACAAAAGAAACGCCGACGAAAGGAAGAGACAAAGAAAGAAAAGCCAAGCAAAGCAAACAAAUAAACAAUAUACUGGCGUUGUAUCCUUGUGUGUGGAAGCAGUUGCGGCGCACGCCGACGCCCGCUCCCCACUUGACAGCCUUGCGGUCGGCGCCUCGCUUACGUCGGCAUUUAAAUAACGUGUGCAUAUGUGUUGUUGUUGUACACGUACAUUGAAUGCGUACGGCCAGUACGCUAUCAGCUCGUAACGGUUCGUUUGUUGGUUGGUGCGCGCACACUCACACAUAUAUAAACGUGCGUGAGCGUCGGUGCGAUUACCUGCGCAUUGUGUUUACGUUGCGGUACGCGUGUGUAUGCCAUUGAAUUAGUAACGGUGAUUCAACUGUGAAGCGUGACAACGAAUAUGAUUAAAAUUACACGUAAGCGGUUAAAGGCAACGCAAACGUUCGCAACGAGUUGAAUUGUGUCGAGUUGAGCGUGAAUCAAAUUGCACGGCAUUGCACGCGGCACACGGCCAGUGGCGUUAGUGUGUGUAAUUGUAUCCAUAUACAUACUUAUUUGUGCAUGUGAGCAGCACUGGUGCAGAAAGAAACUGUUAUAAGGCAACACAUUAAAGCGUUGACGUUGAGGACACCCUAAUUCUUCUAUGAUUGCGCUUAGCAAACAACAAAGUAACUUCCACUUUCCUUCUCAUUUCUCAACGUCCACAAAAACUACUAAGAAAUGUACAUAUAAAUGAUGUGCUGGAUAAACAAAUUGAAGAUAAUCACUUUCAAAAAUCAACUAAGUAAAAAGUGCUUCUCAACUUUGGUGCUUCCUUCCACAACGUUGUCUUCGAAAUUACAACUUCCGCUGGCAAUGCAAUUACAAGUAUUUUACUGCUGUUGAAUUGAAAGCUUCCUGCCAAUCUUAGAGAUAAAUUGCAAUGCAUGCUAAUGUCACAUCGGAUCGUGGUGGUGGCGGCGGUUCAUGGCGACUGCCACCUGAUGAAACACUGCAAGUACAAGAUCCCAAACAGAAGAAUGACGAUUUAGAUUUGGACGAAGGUCAUAAUUGGCGUAGUAUCAUAUUUUCACUGCUAGUUAUUAGUUUUGUAAUAGCCGGAAUUAUAACCGCAAUUUAUCUAUUAGGCUAUGUUGAUGAAUUGCUGUAUUGGUCGGGUCGUCGCAUGAUACUCGACGAGUACCUGCAAGGCGAUUUGACGCCCACACGUCUACAACCCGCUUGGGUUACGACGCGUAAGUAUGUCUUCCAGUCAGAUGAUGGCGGACUGGCCAUAUUGGAUACGACCAGCAAUUCGGUUAGCACGCUCGUUACGAAUCACACGCUGCGGCAGUUAAAUGUACGCGGCUAUCAGUGCUCACACGAUCUGCGAUAUGUUCUAUUUAGACAUAAUGUUAAAAAGAUUUUUCGAAAAUCAUUUACCGCAUUUUAUACAAUCUACGACGUUGAAAACGAUCACCAUAUGCCUGUGAAACUAAAGGAUUCACCAAAAGUGCAGCGUACGCGUCUACAAUAUGCCGCUUGGCUAGGCAACACUACCUCGUUGGUCAUCGUUGCCGACAACGAUAUUUAUUUACGACAAUCACCCACUGACGAGGAGGAUAUCCGAAUCACAAAUACAGGGUAUGAAAAUUAUAUUUACAAUGGCGUACCAGAUUGGCUCUAUCAGGAGGAAAUUUUCGAAAAACCCGAAGCGAUAUGGGCUUCACAAGACGGUACACACUUCAUGUAUGCCUCCUUCAAUGACAGCAAAGUGAAUAUGAUGACAUACCCAUGGUUGGCGUCAGGCAGUAUUAUCGCUGGUAGCAGUAUGUCACCGGAAACUUCAUUUCCUGAAACCAAAAAUGUGCGCUAUCCUAUACCCGGCUCCCCGAAUCCCGAGGUCACACUUUGGGUGGUAGAUGCUAGUAAUUUGACCGACAUACAAUAUUUUAUAUUGAAACCGCCUCCUAGCUUAGAUGACCAGGAAUUCUAUAUAACAUCGGCCGGCUGGAUCUCAGAACUAAAUCAUCAAGUUUCUGUUGUCUACAUCACACGCUCUCAAAAUUAUAGUAUAAUCGCCACUUGUCUUGCGGAUACAAAUUGGACUUGUGUCGAGAUACACUCUGAGCGUGCUCCCGAAGAUGAGUGGCUCGAUAUACUUCCGCAUCCUGUUUUCGCGCCGGACGGCAAUAGUUUUCUAAUAUUGGCAAGUAUACAAGAAUUCGGUAAUGAGCAUUUUACACACAUCAAACAUGUCACAAUGACACAACAACGUAUUGCCGUUAUAUCACAUGGACGCUAUGAGGUACUAAAAAUUCUUUGCUGGGACACUGUCAAUCAUUUCGUGUAUUAUCUGGGUACACAAGACAAAAAGCCCGGCCAGCGUCAUUUGUACAUGGUGAAAGAUCCCGUCAACGAUGAGAGUAGAAAAACUGAACCUCAGUGCAUUACCUGCGAUUUGGGCGAAGCGCUUUGGAGCAGUCGCUACUACUAUGUGAAUUGUUCUCAUUUCGAUGCCUUCAUGACACCAGUGUCUUCCAUAGCAACUCAAUAUGGUAUUGAAUUUUACAUAUUAGAAUGUCAGGGACCCGGCCUGCCGGUGUCUGGUGUGCAUAUGCAGAAAUCGCAUAGUUUGGUGAAAAUACUUUACGACACCCGUCCGUUCUUUACGGAGCGCCUGCAAAAGUUGGCGCUACCGACACAGCGUUCAUUCGAAAUACCAUUGCCACAUGGGAGUCGGGCACAAGUGCAAUUACUUCUACCGCCUAGUUGGCGUGAAGAGCUUAGGGAUGCCGCCUUUCCUGUGGUGGUCGAAGUCAAUGGCCGCCCAGGUUCCGAGUCUGUUUCGGAGAAAUUUCAAAUAGACUGGGGUACCUAUAUGUCAUCGCGUAACGAUGUCAUUUAUAUACGCUUAGAUGUUCGUGGCGCGAAGGGCCAAAGUAAAAAGCAACUGUACCGACACUUAGGCGGCGUCGAAGUACAGGAUCAGAUUUCUGUUUUAAGAUAUCUUUUAGAUACAAUUAGUUUUUUAGAUGAAACGCGUGUGGGUAUUUGGGGUUGGGGCUAUGGGGGUUACGUAACUUCAAUGGUGCUCGGUACACAACAGGAUGUGUAUAAAUGUGGCAUAGCCAUAUCGCCAAUCGCCGACUGGCUCUACUAUAAUUCCGCUUUCACAGAACGCAUAUUAGGUCUGCCUGCGGAGAACUACAAAGGCUAUGUCGAAGCCGAUGCAACGCAGCGUGCGCGUCUCAUCAAAUCACACUCAUUCUUCCUAAUACACGGCUUAGCCGAUUCAACUGCACCCUAUAUACAUGGCAUACAGUUGGCCAAAUCGCUAACGGACGCCAACAUCUUGUACAGAUAUCAGACAUACGCGGACGAAGGUCACGAGCUGUCCGGGGUGCUGGAACACGUCUAUCUCUCAAUGGAGCACUACUUUGCCGACUGCUUAAGUUUAGAUCCGGACGAUACGAAACCCGAUCUGGAUCAGAAAAUAGUUCCAGCUGAGUAGAGAACGAGAGAGAGUGAGAUAUAAAAAGAAGGGAGAAAUGAAGAGAGAGGGAGAGAGAGGGACCGUAGCGUGCAGCUUGCAAACUGCAACACAAGCAAAAGAUAUUAAAACUAGUAACUAAGCGCGAUUUAGUGAUUAAAAAGAAAAUUUUAGGCAAGUAUUACAAUUAAGCACAAGUGCAUUAAGAAAGAGAUACAAAGUGAAAUGUAAAAUGGUCUAGAAUAACUAAGCAAAGCAGCAAGGCAACAAGAAGUAGACAUCAAACAUACAUGCAUAACAAAAUAUAAUACACACAUAUACAAGCGUAAGUAUAGGAAAAUAAAGCAAACAAAAAAGAAACAGUUAUAAUACUGAAAUAUUGUACAAUAUUAUAGGCAUAUAAAAAAGACAAACAAUUACAAAAAACAACAACAACAAAGGAUAUUAAAAUAAAAUUUGCGAUUCAUGCGGCAUUUAUCUUCCAACUAGUUGCACUUUACGUAAGCGUAUUAAAGCGUAAAAGUCAACAUUUAGUAUGUAUGUAUGUAAGUUACUGUUGCCAGCCGAAGUAUUUGUAAAUAAAUUAUGGUGAAAUUUUUUUUGAAAAUUUGGUUGCUCACUUGCAUAGUAGCCAAAGCAAAAAGAAAAAUUUCAAGUCAAAACUAUUGUAUUUCAGUUAGUUAGGUAAAUGCAAUUUAAAAAAAAAAAACCAUAAAUACGUAUAAGUAAUAUACGUAUUAUAAAUAGCGCGAGUAUCUAAAAAUAACUUAAUAUAAUUAACACAAAUACAUAUGUCUAUAAAUAAUGAUUUUGUUUUGAAGGUCAUUGACAAAAGAACACGCAACUCUGAAACGCGUUCGCUACAGUUAUGUAAAAAGCUUGGCAACAUCGCAGCUAUCAAAAAUAUAUUCUAUUUUGUUUGUGGUUGAUAUUUUGGGAGUUUUUCGUUAUGAAUAUUUAAAUUGAUUAAUUCUAGCUGAAAUUAAAUUACACCAAUUUUGUUAUUUUAGCGAGUGUUCUUUUGCCACUCGCAUAUUAAAUCACAAACGUUAAUGUAAAUAUAAUCAACGUAUGGGUAAAUACCCAUGCAAAUGUCUUAAUAAUUAUGCACAAAUACAGCAACGAGACAACGCAUAAUUAGAUCGAACUUAAUGUAUGUAUAAGCAAAUCAGAGUAAAAGCGGCACAAACACACAAAAUUAUUAAAAAUUAUAAAUACAUAUAUUUAAUAUUUUUUUUAAGAAAAAUAUACAUAGUUAUAAUUUUAAUUACGCAAAAAAUCAAAACACUGAACACAGAAAUAAUUUGGGACACCAUGAAAAACCAUAAAUGCACGAAUUACGCACUGCAAGCCGUUACCGGCUAGUUACCUAACAGCGUUAACAGAUACUUCUAAUAAAGUUUCUAUGAGGCCGAACUGACAAUUCUAACCGAAACUCUUGUGUACGCAAGCCACCGGUUUGUCACCCAACAGCGCUACCAGAGAUUCAAUGUGUAAAUUAUUUUUUUUCAACGUGCGUUGACUAAACUCUAAUUGAUAUUUUUAUUGAAAAUAUUAAUUUUUUUUUUACUUACACUCUACCAUCGUAUAAACGGAUUAUAAAGCCUUAAAUUAGUGUGCAAAUGUAGAAAACUUGUAUAUGCUGAUAAUUUAAAAUUUAUACGCCCUCUGCGAUGGGUGGAAGGCUUUAUAGAUCUCUGAAUGUAGCAAAACGUCGGUGUCUUAUUUUGUUAUUUUGUCAAAUGUUCGGUUCAGGUGUAAACGAGAGCCUAAGGCAUACUGGCUAAACCAACAAAAGGCAUUCCAAGCAACCAAUUCGACUAUUUUUCUGACAACUGUAUGUUAUGGUUGUGUAAAAAAUAAGCGACUAGAGAACAAAAAAAAUUAUUAAUUAUUGAAAAUAGCUUUAUUGUUUUUCAAAAUAUUCUCCAUUAAGAUCUAUACACUUUUGCAGGCAUUUGCGAACCAAUUGUCGAAGCACUUUUGCUUCUCUGAUUGAGGGUAUCUCCCAAACAUCCGUUCGGAACGCCUAAACCGCGUAUUCAGUGUAUAAACACGUUGACUUUUAAGUUUAUUUUUUGCGUUACGUACGUACUAAAAAGAAGUCACUCGGUGCCAAGUCAAAGAUUAUACGGUGGAUGGCUUAUCAAAUCGAUGCUUUGAGUGCUCAAAAAUGAAGUUGUUUCAGUCGAUGUGUGUGAGGUCGCAUUGUCGUGGUGAAGAGGGUUCCCUCUUCGGCGGUUGGUUUUCCUGACAAAAAAAUAGCGGAAUCGAGUGCUGUUAACUUUCAGGCUCAUGCGCGUAAAUUCACUAUUCAUCACGUGUCAGGAUUUCGUAGACGUGUUUCGAAGCACCGCUAUCGUAUUUUUUUAACCUUUCUCUCGACCAAUUGAUAAUUUGUGUGGGAUCCAAAGUGAACAAAUUUUUUUUAGACUCAAAUGUUCAUGCAAUAUGUUGCAAUAAGCAACAUUGCGCUGGUCCCACUAAUGCCUAUAAUUGUCUCAAUCUCAUGAUAGGUCACAUGCCGAUCUUGCAAUAUCAGUUUCCGCUUGGCAUCAAUAGCUUCCCGUACAACAACUGAUUUUGGACGACCUUCACGAAAUUCGUCUUGGACUGAUCUACGACGUCGAUUGCGUCCUUAAUGGAAUUUCAUCGCCAAAAAUUUAAUUAAGUUCAUCGAUGCACUGUUGCUGAGUUAACCCCUGUCGAAAGUUUAAAAAAUAAUCGCGGUAAAACGUUCGCGAUUUAAUACCCUUUUUUGGCCGAGAUGAAUAUUUUAAGUUACUGUAAACAACACAAAUAGCGCUCGUAUGUCAAAACGUUUCGAGUAUGUAUUACAUCAACAAUUUUAAACUUUACGAUAAAUCUGUAAAUCGCCAGAUCGCAAAAUUCUAAAGUAUAUAAAUAUAUAUAGUAUAUAAUAAGAAUAAAAAUACUUAAACUAAACUUAUAACUUAGUGUCAAGUUCGAACUAUAAAAUGGAUACGAACGUUCCAACCAAGCUAACGGAGCUUUUGGCGAGUCACUAUUGAUGUGUAGCCUGGAGUUGUCCCGAUGGAACACAACUCCUUUGCUAUUGGCCAAAUGUCACCGCUUCUGGACGGUUGGCUCUUUCCCAUUGUUGACAGUACAAUUCCGAAUGAAGAGUUUGAUUGCAGGGGAGCAGCUUAUAGUAGAUGUCACACUGUCAAUCUUAACUCCGUCGCUGUUUUCGUCGGCUAACUGCGUCGAUUACAACCGUUUUUGCUUGACGUUGUCGUAAGUGACCCACACCUCGGUUCAUGAGAAAACAAAACUGCAAUCGUAACGUCAAAGGCUAAAGAAGUGGUUACGUUUUUGUUUACAAUUUAAAGGCCAUUUGACAGUUUUUCUAUGCUGCCUUUUCUCAUUCUAUAGUCUGAAAGAUGGCGUAAUUUCGUUUCUAUCAUUCUUGAAUAAUCAUUUAAUAAAUUUUAAUUUUUUUUUAUCGAAGGUUCAAAUACUAUACGAAUACCUAAGCCUAAAUUAUCAGCAAGUAACCGGAGAGUUUACGAAAUGAAUGAUGCGUUCGGUUCUCGACCGUCAUAUACAUACUUAUAUGACUAUCGGAAUUCUUUGUAAAUAUUGGGAAAACACAAAUUUAUUCAUUCUAAUUACUUCAAAAAACAAAAAAAAAAAAAAACAGCGCAAUAAGUACUAUCCACUCAUACAUAUGUACAUCGAUUGUUCCAAAUUGCAUUAACAUAUCAUUCUGUGUAAAAAAAGAUUAUUGCAUUAAUUACAAAUAUAAAAAAUACUCUCACAUUAAGUAUAAUUAAAGCAUUGUUAAAUAUUAAAAUUAAUACAAAAGCAUUAAUGCAUACUUAAGUAAAUCGCCGUAUUAUAUAGUCGUAUAGUAAAUUAUAUAAAGACGUGCUGUGGAGAGUUUUAAAUAUACAAGUACAUAUAUGUAUAUACAAUACAUAGAAUAUACUUAGAAUAUAGUGUAUAAUUAAUUUUAUAAGUAUAUAGAUACGUAUGUAUAUGCUUCCAAAUUAAAGGUUCUGUUCAAAAGAUUUUGGGGAAACAUUUUUUGAGGCCUAGUAUUAUGAUUUUACGUGCUAGAAAUAGUUCUCAACGUCAAAUUCAAAUAUGCAUCGAUAUUAUAAUCAAAGUACGAAGGAGACGAGUUUUCUUAUGAAAUUUCAUUUAAAAUAAAUAAUUAUUAUGUAUUUUUUUUUUUAAAACAGGAUGUGUCAUUUUUUGUGUUGGUGUUAACCUAAUGAAAACCUUUUUUAUUUUUCAAAUAUUUUUAUCACCCUUAUCUCAUAUAUAUGGACUUUUCAUCGAGCGACAUUACUUUGAGCCGCUUUUUGUUGCGUUUUGUUUUCCUUUUGCGAGCAUGUCGGGUAGUUUAGCUAUGAUUUUGACAUAAUUGAUUGCUUUAGACUCGUAAAUCCUUCCAGGUUUGGUGCUACGUAUGAUAGCUGUUUUUUCAGUCGAUAUUUAAUAUCCAUAGAAUUUUUAUUGACACCAACUAAAUGUUAACAAAGGCUCUGGUGGAAGUAUGAGGCAAUGCUUGCCGUCAGUUGACUCAUGACUUUGGGCCAUUGUAGCCAGACUCGACUACAGGGACGAAAUUCCAUGAGGAAAUAAAUACAACAUUUUCAUUCCCCAGUAAAGAAAAAAGGGACCAAUAGUUCUGUGAUCGACAGUUCCAACUACGAAAUCAACAAAUUCACCGAUGAUUCAAAGAGUAAAAUAGGAGCGAGCUUCUUCUGGAGUAAUACAUACGCAGAGGGUGGCUUCAAACUAAAUUACUACAAUUGACCCUUUAAGGCCGAAGUUAUGGGGAAGAAAAACCUUUUAGCAGACAACCAAAUGGCAAUUAAGGUUAUCCGUCGCGCCAAUAUUAAGUCUGACUGCGUUAAGAUAUGCAAGCAGACAAUAACUAGACUCUCAGUAGGUAACUCGGUUAAUAUCAUCUGGGUACUCAGUCAUAUAGGAAUAGACGGAAACGAACAGGCAAACAGGCAGGUGGCCCGCUCGUGGGCAGGUAGGAACGCAAUUCCUCUUAGCUGCCCUAGACUAUUCAGCUCCUCCAAGUCCUUGUUUGAAGCAAUAUACCCUAGAGGAACACCUCAGGUCUUGGAACAUUAACAAUCGCAAAGUUGAUUAGGCGCUGGAACAUUAUCUUUGCAAAUGCCCAGCCUUCAGCUGAAUGAGACGGGAUAUAUUUUACGGCUCUCAAUACUGCAACUUAAGAGACAUUGGGCAGCUGGGGUGGACAAAAGUCAGGUUUUUAUUAAAUCCACUGAGUUGCUGGAUUUGGUUACCACUCGGGAGAACAAUGGGUCUAAUAAUAAUGAAUAGACUUGAACUAGACUCUUGAAGUAGGAGAUGAGAAUUGUAUCCGUACAUAAAUUGAGCAGUAUCCUUAAUUUCAAAUCUGGGGAAGAUCUUUUUAGCUGUUCCAUUAGGUAAUAGACAUCAACUGAUUUUAUCAACAUUCUAGGUAAGUGGAUCAUCUCUUUAACUUAAGUUAAGAGCUUCCAAGUUAUAUUCAAAGCAUAUCUAGCUUAGUAUUGCUUGCUGAAAUAUUGGUUAUUCUGGAACUCUUAAGAUGAUCAUUGAUAUAAAGAAUAUUCUCCAUUUCUAUUUAAGAAUUACAAGUCGCUCUUUUGUCCCCCAACAACCCCCUCUUGAAUUAAAACAUAAAUUCGUUGUUUUUUUUUUUAAUUUUUUACUGCACGAUCAUUGGAAAAACAUUGAGUAAUACUUAUCUCUUCAAUAACCUACUUCGAAAUAGGACUAAAAAAUAAUUGUGAGACAGCAUAGUUUAAAAAAGUCUCACAUAGUUCGAAACAAAACUCUCAUUUAUUAGUUCCCCGGCAGUAGCAGUUUUUGUAUAAGCACUCAUCUUCUUCUACAAUUGUAUAUUAUAAUAUAUUAUUUUAUUUUAGUAAGGCAUGUAUAGUUAUUUCUUGUUUAAAAAAUGAAGUAAAGGCUCCAGAACCGAAAAGAACUGUAAAGGUUAAAUAAAUGUCACCAUUAACUGUAAACUAAAAUUGAUAUAAAUUUCUGAGGUGAUAAAAGAAAUUAUCGGAGAAAAUUUGUACAAAAAACAGAUAAAAAUAUAUGGUUAAAAUUUUGAGAAAAAAAGCGGUCGGAGUAGAUUGAAAACAUCGAAGUAUCACUGUAAACCGGAAUCAGAUGCAGCAUUGCAUGCUUGGGAGCUUCAUAUAGAUAAGUAUUAUUAGAUUUGUUUAAGUUAAAUGCCGCAGAACCAAUAAAUAUAAACGUAAUAAGAAAACUUACUGAGUAUUCACAAACCAAUAACGGUUAUGUGUCUACGCACACGAAUAUGUACCUAAGAUCAUUUAUGCUUAAUUCAAACGUUCAUAUUAAGUGUUUAACAAUAAUGAAUUGAACGAUUUAUAAUUAUAAAUAUUUCUACAAGUAUAUAUAAUAUAUUAGCUGUGCAUAUUUCGGAAUUUAGGUGUACAUAUAUAUUUAUGAGUGUGUAAAUUAAAUUUAAUUUACAAAUAAUUUGCAUGUGAAUUUAGCGUACUAUCAUAGUUGAAGUUUCCAAAAAUUGUAUUCAUGUACCUUUGUAUAUACAUACAUAUAUGUUUGGUAUAUUACUAUAUGAACAGCUAAUUUGAGUAUUUGUCUGAAAAUUACUUUCAAAGUCUUCCUAAAUUAAAUUGCUAUAUAAAACCUAAAUUAAUUGCCACUAAAGAAUUAGUGUUCUUAAGGUAUUUUUAAUUAAUUAAAAUUUUUCAAACAACACAGUAUUUUGUUUAAACCCAAUUAUGAUUUAUAAGUACUGGCAAAGUGAACUGAUUUUAAAAACUUGAAAUUUAAGAAUUCAAUAAGCUAAAGACAUGGUUGAUGUUCGCACUAGAUAAAUUCAAGUAUAUCGAUAUUUCUUAUGUAUCGACACAGAGCAUUGUAUUGUAGUUUAUAUUGAGUACGCACCAAGUUAGGUUAGGUUAAGUCCGUUAUGCUGACAGAAAAACUCCAAGUAUGGAUCAAAAGAUGCUCAUGUAUCGACGAAGCACUGUAAGCAAACACAAAUCUGUUGAGGUGGUUAACGAGUUAUACCCAUUUGAUGUAAAAAAAUGCGACUUUUGCGAAUUUUUUUCUUUUUUGAAAAGACAGUUUAUUUAUAAAUUAUAUAAGCAAAAUAUACAAUUACAGAAUUCAAUGUACUUAA